GUGAAAUUUUAGUUUUGUGAGCGGGAAAUUAAUUUUUAAGAGAAAAAUCAUCAAAAAAUGCCUGUUUCAUUCGAAAUUCCAACAAAAGAGAGCCAAAAACCUGAAAAAGAACUCAAAAUUCAUUACAUUCCCGCAAAAAUAGAUGGAAAUGGCAAAGCAGAAGUCUCAAAAUACUUUGAAAACUACACGGAACAUCUCGGAUCAUCGGAAAUUUUGUCAAACGCUUUUCGGGGCUUCCCAUUGAAAGGUUGUGACUUCAAAUUACCCGAAGGAAAAGUCGGAGUGAUAUUCCGUGACAAAGAUUCGCUCAAAUCAGAAGAUUCGGAUCGUUCUUUGAAGUUUGCCGGGACUUUUAAUAACUUUACUUAUUGGAAUUAUGACACAAAUCCGUCGGAAAAUGACGCGCUGCGAAAAACAAUGACAGCGUUGAGCGUCAUGGAAGCCGUUCAUCAACCAGUUUUAGAUUAAAAACCUUUUUUUGUAAUAAAAUCUCUUAAAUUUUAA